AUCAUGCUAUCCUCAGCAGCCUGAACUCCGCUCUUAAAAUGGUCCUUCUGCUGAUCCUGUCAGUCCUGCUUCUGAAAGAGGAUGUCCGUGGCGGCGCCCAGUCCAGCGAGAGGAGGGUGGUGGCCCACAUGCCCGGCGACAUCAUCAUCGGGGCUCUCUUCUCCGUCCACCACCAGCCCUCCGUGGACAAGGUGCACGAGCGCAAGUGCGGGGCGGUGCGGGAGCAGUACGGCAUUCAGAGGGUGGAGGCCAUGCUGCACACCCUGGAGCGCAUCAACUCGGACCCCUCGCUCCUGCCCAACAUCACGCUCGGCUGCGAGAUCCGGGACUCCUGCUGGCACUCGGCCGUGGCCCUGGAGCAGAGCAUCGAGUUCAUAAGGGACUCGCUCAUCUCCUCGGAGGAAGAGGAAGGCCUGGUGCGCUGCGUGGACGGCUCCUCCUCUUCCUUCCGCUCCAAGAAGCCCAUCGUCGGGGUCAUCGGGCCCGGCUCCAGCUCUGUGGCCAUCCAGGUCCAGAACCUGCUUCAGCUCUUCAACAUACCUCAGAUCGCAUACUCGGCGACAAGCAUGGAUCUGAGCGACAAGACUCUGUUCAAGUACUUCAUGAGAGUUGUGCCUUCCGACGCCCAGCAAGCCCGAGCCAUGGUGGACAUAGUGAAGAGGUACAACUGGACCUACGUGUCGGCCGUGCACACAGAAGGCAACUAUGGAGAAAGUGGAAUGGAAGCUUUCAAAGACAUGUCAGCCAAGGAAGGGAUUUGCAUUGCCCACUCUUACAAAAUCUACAGCAAUGCUGGGGAGCAAAGCUUCGACAAGCUGCUCAAAAAGCUCAGGAGUCAUCUCCCGAAAGCCCGCGUGGUGGCCUGCUUCUGUGAGGGCAUGACCGUCAGAGGGCUGCUUAUGGCCAUGCGGCGUCUGGGCUUAGCAGGAGAAUUUCUGCUUCUCGGCAGUGACGGCUGGGCUGACAGGUAUGACGUGACAGAUGGGUAUCAGCGAGAAGCUGUUGGUGGUAUCACAAUCAAGCUCCAAUCUCCUGAUGUCAAGUGGUUUGAUGAUUAUUACCUGAAGCUCCGGCCAGAAACAAACCUUCGAAAUCCUUGGUUCCAAGAAUUUUGGCAGCAUCGCUUUCAGUGCCGGCUCGAAGGGUUUGCCCAGGAGAACAGCAAAUACAACAAGACUUGCAAUAGUUCUCUAACUCUUAGAACUCAUCAUGUUCAAGAUUCCAAAAUGGGAUUUGUAAUCAAUGCCAUCUAUUCCAUGGCCUACGGGCUACACAACAUGCAGCUGUCCCUCUGUCCUGGCUAUGCGGGACUGUGUGAUGCAAUGAAGCCAAUUGAUGGACGGAAACUUUUGGAUUCCUUGAUGAAAACUAAUUUUACUGGAGUUUCUGGAGAUAUGAUCCUAUUUGAUGAAAAUGGAGACUCCCCAGGAAGGUAUGAAAUAAUGAAUUUCAAGGAAAUGGGAAAAGAUUAUUUUGAUUAUAUCAAUGUUGGAAGCUGGGACAAUGGAGAAUUAAAAAUGGAUGAUGAUGAAGUAUGGUCCAAGAAAAACCACAUUAUCAGAUCUGUCUGUAGUGAGCCCUGUGAGAAAGGUCAGAUAAAGGUGAUCCGGAAGGGAGAAGUGAGCUGUUGUUGGACCUGUACACCCUGUAAAGAGAAUGAGUAUGUCUUUGACGAGUACACCUGCAAGGCAUGCCAGCUGGGAUCCUGGCCCACUGACGACCUCACAGGCUGUGAUUUGAUUCCAGUACAGUAUCUCCGCUGGGGUGACCCUGAGCCCAUUGCUGCUGUGGUGUUUGCCUGCCUUGGCCUGCUGGCUACCUUGUUUGUCACUGCAAUCUUCAUUAUUUACCGUGACACUCCAGUAGUCAAGUCGUCUAGCAGGGAACUCUGCUACAUUAUCCUUGCUGGCAUCUGCCUGGGCUACCUUUGUACCUUUUGCCUCAUUGCAAAGCCCAAACAAAUUUAUUGCUACCUUCAGAGAAUUGGCAUUGGUCUCUCCCCGGCCAUGAGCUACUCAGCUCUUGUAACCAAGACCAAUCGUAUUGCAAGGAUCCUGGCCGGCAGCAAGAAAAAGAUUUGUACCAAAAAACCUAGAUUCAUGAGUGCCUGUGCCCAGCUGGUGAUCGCUUUCAUUCUCAUAUGCAUCCAACUGGGCAUCAUCGUUGCCCUCUUCAUAAUGGAGCCUCCUGAUAUAAUGCACGACUACCCAAGUAUUCGAGAAGUCUACCUGAUUUGUAAUACCACCAACCUAGGAGUUGUCACUCCGCUUGGCUACAAUGGAUUAUUGAUUUUGAGCUGCACCUUCUACGCUUUCAAGACCAGAAACGUUCCAGCCAACUUCAACGAGGCCAAGUACAUCGCCUUCACAAUGUAUACCACCUGCAUUAUAUGGCUAGCCUUCGUGCCCAUCUACUUCGGAAGCAACUACAAAAUCAUCACAAUGUGCUUCUCGGUCAGCCUCAGCGCCACAGUGGCACUGGGCUGCAUGUUUGUGCCGAAGGUGUACAUCAUCCUGGCCAAACCAGAGCGGAACGUGCGCAGCGCCUUCACCACGUCCACCGUGGUGCGCAUGCACGUGGGCGAUGGAAAGUCCUCCUCGGCGGCCAGCAGGUCCAGCAGUCUGGUCAACCUGUGGAAGAGGAGGGGCUCCUCCGGGGAAACCUUAAGGUACAAAGACAGGAGACUGGCCCAGCACAAGUCGGAAAUAGAAUGUUUCACCCCCAAAGGGAGUAUGGGGAAUGGUGGGAGAGCAACAAUGAGCAGCUCCAACGGCAAGUCGGUCACCUGGGCCCAGAGCGAGCGCAGCAGCCGGGGGCAGCACCUGUGGCAGCGGCUGUCGGUGCACAUCAGCAAGAAGGAGAGCCCCAACCAGACGGCCGUCAUCAGGCCGUUCCCGCAGGGCGCGGGGCCCGGGGGCGCGGCGGGCGCGGGGCCCGGGGGCGCGGGGGCCGGGGGGCCGGCGGGCGCGGGGGCCGGGGCCCCGGGGGGCGCGGGGGCCGGCGCCGCGGGGGCCUUGGGAGGCGCGGGCCCGGCCGUGGCGGACGCGGAGCCCGGCCGGCCGCGCUCGCCUUCGCCGCUGAGCGCGCUGGCGGGCCGCACGGACGAGGACGCGCCGUCGCUGCCGUCGUCGCAGGGGUCCCUGCUGGAGCAGAUCAGCAGCGUGGUGAGCCGCUUCACGGCCAACAUCAGCGAGCUCAACUCCAUGAUGCUGCCGCCCGCCUGCGCGCGGCCCGGCGCCGUGACCACGCUGGCCGACGUGCAGCCCGCGCCCGCGCCCGCGCGGCCCGAGCUGGAGGAGCUGGUGGCGCUCACGCCGCCGUCCCCGUUCCGCGACUCGGCGGGCUCGGGCGGCAGUGCCCCGGGCUCCCCGGUGUCCGAGUCGGCGCUGUGCGUGGCCGCCUCGCCCAAGUACGACGCGCUGGUGGUCCGCGACUACUCGCAGAGCUCCUCGUCCCUGUGA